AUGCAACCAAACUGCAGUCACCUCCAUAACAUCCAAUGGAGUGGUGAUGACUCUUCCUCUUCUCAGAGCACCCACACAGUGCGGUUGUCAGGAGAGAGUGCAUACCACCAUAGCGGAGAUGUUCACAUACAGCUAAACUCUGCUGUGGGAGAAGCCAGAGAAGACUCGAGUUCCCUGCAUUCAAGGCCAGGUUCCCAAAUGCACUCACACAGACAUGCCCACAGUGAAGCAGGGGUACUCGACGAUUCCCCUCCAGACUCAGAGGAACACAGCAGCAGCUCCCUCUCAGAGCUCAGAUACCUCCUCCAGUGGCUGUACAAAAGUCUGCCGUAUAUCUCAAUUCUGUGUGUCAAAUUGAUCAUGCAGCAUAUAACUGGCAUUUCUCUUGGAAUUGGGCUGCUAACAACUUAUAUGUAUGCAAACAAAAGCAUAGUAGAUCAGGUUUACCUAAGAGAACGGUGCUCCAAGUUGCAAUGUACUUGGUUACUGGUAUACCUAACUGGGUCAUCUCUCCUCUUGUAUUACACCUUCCAUUCUCAGUCACUGUAUUACAGCUUAAUCUUCUUAAACCCUACUAUGGAUUUUACGAACUUCUGGGAGGUACUUUGGACUGUGGGAGUCACCGACUUUAUUCUGAAAUUCUUCUUCAUGGGCUGCAAGUGCUUUAUUCUCUUGGUGCCUUCUUUUAUGAUGUCCUUUAUAUCCAAGGGCUACUGGUACAUGCUGUUAGAAGAACUCUGCCAGUAUUACCGUAUGUUUGUCCCCAUACCAGUUUGGUUCCGUUAUCUUAUUGGCUAUGGGGAGCUGGACAGUGGCCUAGGAUGGACCCUUGGGAUAUUGCUGGGCCUUCUCUACCUCAUCCUAAAACUUUUGAGGUUUUUUGGACAAUUGAGAAACUUCAGACAGGUCUUACGGAUAUUUUGUACACGACCACACUAUGGAGUGCCAGCUAGCAAGAGACAGUGUUCUGAAUCGGAUAAUAUUUGUUCAAUCUGCCAAGCUGAAUUUCAGAAGCCUAUUCUGCUUAUCUGUCAGCACACAUUUUGUGAAGAAUGCAUCUCUUUAUGGUUUAAUAGAGAAAAAACGUGUCCACUCUGCAAAACUGUUAUUUUAGACCAUGUUAACAAGUGGAAGGAUGGAGCUACAUCUAUGCAUCUACAGAUUUUCUAA